AUGCGCGGCCGCGAGCCGCUCUUCGUCUCGUGCACCCCCAAGGGCUGCCUCGAGCUGCUCAAGCGCAGCGGCGUGGCGCUUGCCGGAAAAACAGCCGCCGUCGUCGGCCGCAGCAACAUCGUGGGACUGCCCGUCGCGCUGCUGCUGCAGAACGCGGACGCGACGGUCACGAUGGUGCACUCGCGCACGCCCGACGCGGCGGGCGUCGUGCGGGGCGCGGACAUCGUCAUCGCCGCCUGCGGGCGCGCGGAGAUGGUCAAGGGGGACUGGAUCAAGCCGGGCGCGGUCGUCAUCGACGUGGGCAUCAACGCGGUGGAUGACGCGGCCGCGAAGCGGGGGUACCGGCUGGUCGGGGACGUCGAUUUCGCGGGCGCGUCCACGGUCGCGGCCGCGAUCACGCCGGUGCCGGGCGGCGUGGGGCCGAUGACGAUCGCGAUGCUGCUGCAGAACACGCUGGAGGGGGCGAAGCGGCAGAUCGGCGGCGGCCGCUGA